AUGGAAACUAUAGCCUGUAAUGGAUCAGAGGACUCCUCACCCAUCUUCUACCUGGUGGGCAUUCCUUCUCUGCCCAAAUCCCUCUUUCUUCCUAUCUUCUUUGUCUUUCUCUUCCUUUACCUGCUCAUCCUGCUGGGAAAUGUCCUGAUCCUACUGGCUGUGGUGGCAGAGCCCAGCCUCCACAAGCCCAUGUACUUCUUCCUGAUUAAUCUCUCAGCCCUGGACAUCCUUUUCACCACAACCACCGUCCCCAAGAUGCUGUCCCUCCUCUUACUUGGGGACCGCUUCCUCAGCUUCCCUGCCUGCUUCCUGCAGAUGUACCUCUUCCACAGCUUCUCCUGCUCUGAAGCCUUCAUCCUAGUGGUCAUGGCCUAUGACCGCUAUGUGGCUAUCUGCCGCCCACUGCACUACCCUGUCCUCAUGACCCCACAGACCAAUGCUACACUGGCAGCCUGUGCCUGGCUCACUGCCCUCCUCCUGCCCAUCCCAGCAGUGGUGCAGACUUCCCACUUGGCUUUUGACAGCACUGCUCACAUCUAUCACUGCUUCUGUGACCACUUGGCCGUGGUCCAGGCCUCCUGCUCUGACACCAUGCCCCAGACCCUCAUGGGCUUCUGCAUUGCCAUGGUGGUAUCCUUCCUGCCCCUUCUCCUGGUACUUUUCUCCUAUGCCCACAUCCUGGCCUCGGUGCUUCGCAUCAGCUCCCGAGAAGGACGUUCAAAAGCCUUCUCCACCUGUAGCUCCCACCUCCUGGUGGUUGGCACAUACUACUCAUCCAUUGCCAUAGCCUAUGUGGCCUACAGGGCUGACCUGCCCCUUGACUUCCACAUCAUGGGCAAUGUGGUAUAUGCUAUUCUCACACCUGUCCUCAACCCUCUCAUCUACACGCUGAGGAACAAGGAUGUCAAAGCAGCCAUCACCAGAAUGGCAUGUCUCUGA